ACGGGAAGCACGAAUGCUGCUGGCGGCAACGCGAAGGCCACGGGAAGCACGAAUGCUGCUGGCGGCAACGCGAAGGCCACGGGAAGCACGAAUGCUGCUGGCGGCAACUCGGUCGCUGCGGCGGCCUUGAGGGCUGCGGUGGCCCCGAAGACUUCAGGAGACGCGAAGACCACGGCUGGCUCCGGCUCCGGCUCCGGCUCCGUGCCCGCCAAGAGGGCAUACCUGCGUCUGUACUCGGAUGUCCAGGUCGAGUUCCUCGUCAACCCGGUGGGCUUCGCCGAUUACCAGAUGGGAGACCUCCUCGAGUACAUUCAAGACGCCGCCGAAGAGCUGGGCAUGUCUGGCAGGGUUGUGGCCGCGGUCCUUAGCCACGAGGCUGACCAGGGCAAGUUGAACACGGGCCGCUCUACCUGGAAGAUUGAACUGCGCAAGCCCCUUAUUUCCAACGUCGAGCAGUGCUAUGUGCUGAGAAUCCGUACUUCUUACGAGGUGCCUUCGAUCUUG